AUGACAAUUCGUCAGAACGAUGCCGGCCCUGGUAAACCUGUUUCGAAUGAAGAAUCGGAGCCGCUUGCGCCAGUUAAAUGUAGCGAAAGGUUUCUACAUGGCAAACUUAUUCAGGACUUGCCACAUAAAUGCUCGCAGCCCUAUACUAUAAACCCCUCCGGCAGAAGAAUCUAUAAAACGCAGAUUGAAUGCGCUUUUCCCGAAUGUAAAGCGAUCUUUAAGAAAGCAAGACAGUUCGACCGCCACUACCGCACAGUGCAUAUCCGUGCGGCAGACCAGAAGCUUGACUGUACCAUUGAGGGAUGUCGUCGUACUGGCGAGGAAGGGUUUAGUCGGAAAGAUAACCUCAUUCAGCACAUGAGGAGUGUUCAUGGCGAAGAAAUCCCAAAGAACCUGGUAAGGUUUAAUGGGACGAGGGCAGGAAUAAUGUGGGGCGGUUGGGUCGAUGAAUCGCAACCAAGGUAUCUGGUGAAGGGAACCUCUGGAUCGAUAGGACUAGGAGUAGCCGGUUAG